AUGGAUGCCUUCCUGGAGCAAGGUGCAGGCUCGCAGGGCCAGAUAUUCACCGCGAACCCGGUGACCCUGGAGCAUGGGCUCCGCAGCGGCCAGCGUCGGCUCAACACGCUGGCCGCUGGCUCCGGCAGCGUGCUGGCGGCCUUCCAGGGUGGCGAGGUUGCGAGAUGGUUCCCCGAUGAGGACGAGUUCACCCUCAUCGAGUCCAAGGAUCGGGUAGGUGAGGUGAGUCGGGUACUUCUGGACCCCACGGGGUUCCACGCGCUGAUGACCAACAGCGGAGGGGAGACCUGGUACCUGAACUUCGAUUGCACCGCGGCCACGCGGCUGCCAAAGCUGAAGGGCCACGUCUUGGAGAGCGCCUCCUGGGACGUGGAGGCCACCUUCGGCAGCACCAAGGACUUGCUGCUGGGCACUAGAACCGGGCAGAUCCUGCACGUCGUCAUUGAGUUCGCCAACGGUGUUGGCAAGGAGAAGACGGUGAAGACGGCCUUUGAAUUUGAACGUGUGCCAGUGGUCGGCGUGCAUCGUGAGCGGGUCUUCUCGGGCGACGGGCUGGAGCGUCUGGUGCUCUUCGCGUGUGCGGGGGCCUUUCUGCACGCUUUCGUGGGGACCUCCUUGGAGAGCCUCUUGCAGCGGUACGCGGGGGAGAAGGUGGGCCAUCGCACGCGAGUCUUCGAAGUGCCCUAUGACUCGCCUUAUGGCGAUUUGCAGGUGGAUGACGCGUGCGUGGGGGAGCCAGGCACCAAAGUGCUCUUCUGGCUCACGGGCGUGGGAGUGGUGGCCGCCAAGGUCCAGGCCACCGUCGGGGAGGACUCGGCGGGAUGUGUGGAGUCGCCCCCUGGGCUGGUGCGUUUCCCCGGCGGCAAGGCGCAGGGGAACUCGGUGUCCCCACCGCCUUUGCCGAAGGUGCCUCGCUCCAUGGCGCUGACGCGAUUUCACCUCAUCUUCGCCUUUGAAGACAGAUGGGUAGCGGUGAGCCGGAUCACCCACGAGGUGGUGCAGCAGCAGGACUGGGCCAGUUCCACCUACGGCCCCCUGCGGUCCCUGGCCAACGACGUGCACGGGCACCGGCUCUGGAUCUGCUCGGAGCGCCACGCCUUUGAGCUGGUGGCGGAGAAGGAGGACCGAAAUGUGUGGGCUUUGCUGCUGAGACUGGAGCAGUUCGAUGAUGCGCUGGCCGCCUGCCAGCGGCCCUCCGAGCGCAUGCGAGUGCUGGCGGCCCAUGCUGACUGGCUCUUCCGGAAGGGGCCGGACAUGGAGCUGGAGGCUGCCAGGAAGUUCGCACAGGCCACGGCCGUGCCGUUCGAGCACGUGGCGCUGCGGUUCCUGCACCGAAAGGCGGCGCUGCUGGAGUACUUGCGCUGCCGCCUCCGGCGCGCCGAGGAUCAGGUCACCCGGGCGCUGCUGAGCGUUUGGGCUGUGGAAAUCUCCUUGGCCCAGCUGAACGAGCACCCAGACCGCUCCAGCGACACCCACGCGGAGCUGCAGAAGGAGCUGGUGGAGCUCUUGCGGCAGUGCAGCGAUUUGGACGUGCAUGCCACCAUCUACCACCUGCUGCAGAGCCAUGGCUGGCUGGAUGAGCUCGCCAUGUUCGCGGAGAUGCGGAAGGACUACACCACCGUGAUUCUGCACCACGUCAGCCGCCGGGACUGCGCAGCGGCCAUCCGGAAGCUGGAGAACAUGAAGUCCGCGGACGGUCAAGAGCUGGUGUGCCGCUUCGCGCCGGUGCUCUUCGGUGCGGAGCCCAAGGCCUUCGCUUCGCUGCUGCUGCGGCCGCAGCUCGAGACGCUGGACCCGCUCCUGGUACUUCCGGGCAUCUUUGCACUGCACUCCCGAACCCACAGGUCGGAGGCGACGCGGUACCUGGAGCACGCGGUGCGCCACGAGCGGACGGAGAAGAGCAGCGGGCGGACCCUCCGCUCAGGAAGCCUCCUGCUGGACAAUAACUUGGGCUGUGUGGAGGAGGGCCAGAGAUACGGCUGGGCGGUGGGGGGCCAAGCGAUCUUGAACGCCCUGGUGCUCCUCUACGCCGAGCCCGAGCCCAUGGAAGGCGAAGGCUCCGAAGCGCGCGAAGGCGAAGGCUCCGAGGCGGGCAUCCUGCGCUUCCUCGCCGCGCAGGAGGGCAACCCGCUGCUGGAUCUGCACUUCGCGCUGCGGGUCUGCCGGCGCCAGGGCCUCAUCAAGGCCGUGGUGAUGCUCUACGGGCUCAUGGCCAUGCACGAGGAGGCAGUGGAGGUGGCGCUGGAGCAUCAGGAUGUGGCCCUGGCCAAGCAUAGCGCCUGCCGACCCCAGGAGAAGAGGCUCAGACAGAAGCUGUGGCUCCGCAUCGUGGAGCACCAGGCCGCCAGCUCCGACGUGCAGAAGAUUAUCGGUUUGAUCCGGGAGUCGCAGGAGCUGACGGUGCGCGAUGUGCUGCCCUACCUGCCGGACACCAUGACCAUCGAUGCCUUCAAGGCGGAGAUUUGCGAGUGCCUGGAUACCUAUGAGGGUCAAAUCGUGACGCUGCGCAGGGAGAUGGAAGACCACCGUUCAGCUCUCCAAGCCUUCAAAGAAGACUUGAAGCAAGCGGAAGAGCGGUGCAUCACGGUGGCCCGGGACCAGAGCUGCGAGCUCUGCGGCCUGGCGGCCCUCAAGGAGCGGUUUUACGCCUUCGCCUGCAGCCACUGCUGCCAUGAGGCCUGUCUGAGGGCCCUGGUCUUGCCCAGCCUGCCUGCGGAGCGCCGGCAGCGGCUGCUCAAGCUGGAGGCGGCGCGCUUGCAGCACCAGGCCGCCGCCUCCUUCGGGCAGCCGAAGGAGAAGGCGCAGAACCAGCAGCAAGCGCUCGCAGAGGUGGAAGACGAGCUAGACAGCAUCCUUGCAGAGGAUUGCCCCCUCUGCGGACAGCUGAUGAUCGACUGCAUCAUGAAGCCCUUCAUUGACCCCGAGGAGGAGGACAUCGAGUCCUGGGCCAUCCCCGUAUCGGGAGGUGGGGUGCACAUGCACGAAGGUAAAGUUAGCUUCCUGCGCCUUCCGACCUUGUCGCAUGCUGUAUCCCAAAGACAUUCAAAGAUAACAUUUCCUCAAGAGCUAGAGCAGCCCUUCAGAGCUAUGACGCGCGAUGUUGGCAUGGGCUAUGCCUGCUGCUUGAUUGCCAGUGUCGCCUAUGCUGUGAAUUUACUGCCUGUGAAGAAGUACGAGACGGGAGAUGGAAUCUUUUUCACCUUUGCCAUGUCUCUGGGGAUCUUGAUGGUUGGCCUGGCAAUGGGCUUAAAUCAGCACGAUCCUUUUGGCUUCGAACCCCUUGCCGCACUGGGCGGAGUCAUCUUCACGAUGGGAAACCUCCUGUGCCCGUUGGUGAUCCAGCUCAUAGGCCUGGGCCUAGGUUUGACGAUCUGGGACCUCAGCAACAUGCUCAUGGGCUGGUUCACGGGGCGCUUCGGCCUUUUCGGGGUGGACCAGGAGAUCUCGGAGAGGCCCCUCUUCAACUACAUCGGUUUAGCGCUGGCCUGCGUCUCCUUGGUCUUCAUGUACCUGGCCGCGCACUUCGACACGAAGCCCAAGGAGGUUGAGUCGCAAAACUUGGAGGGUGCGGAGGACUUGGAAAGCUCGGCCUCGGACCUGAAGGGCGAGAGGCCAGACCCCAUGACAGAUCUGCUGCAGGGGCAGAUCGGCCAAAACCAUAGCCGCUAUUCUUUGGACUAUGUUUUCAGCCACUUCCUGGGGAUCUUUGUCUCGGCAGUUGCGUCCUUGCUCGUUUACGUCAUCGUGCGGCGGAGAAGAAGCUACGCCCCCUUGAAACUUGUGCUGCCGGCCAUGUGCUCGGGCGUCAUUUGGGCCCUUGGCACGGUUGCUUGGUUCCAGGCCAACGCUGAGCUGGGCUUCGCAGUGUAUCCCUUCAAUAACAGCGUGCCCAGCAUCCUGGCUCUCUUGAUCGGCUUCUGCUGUUUCGGUGAGCUUGCGACCUCAAAGAGCCGCUGCUUCGCGCUGAUUGGCGUCAUGAUUCGCCUGCCGGGCGUGGCCCUUAUCGAUCUCUCUCGAGCCUUCGAGGGCGGGCCGGGCACGAAACGGGGCGGGCAACCCCGGGCUGGCACGGACGAGCGUGUGCGGGGCCGGGCGCGCGGGAGGAAGGCAUAG